CACAGACUCAGCCCAAGCGCACACCUCCAGCUCUCUCCUGGGGACCACCACGUUCCUCGGUUUCCUUCGUACUAGGGUCAUCGCACCGCUUUCCACCAGUACGCAUACAUGCACUCUGUUCCUACAACAGUAGCCUUACAACGUCCGAGCAGAUUUGUAAUACAUCGUGUGCUCCGCUCCCGCUACCCGAGUCGCCUAUUGUAGACUGACGAGAACAUCCUCCAGUGGUUGACAGACCACAGUGGGAUCGAGAACGCAAUCUCUUACGAACGCUCUAUCAGCCAGCUACCUCUUUCUCGCUCAGGAUCGCGCUCGCUUCUGCCGCUCUUGUAGAUCUCCGAUAGGACAUUCUCAAGAAGUUCCUGUCCUUUCACCACCAGACCUUUCCCACAACGCGCUUGUAACGCUCACAUAGACUUCUUAUCCACCAUGUCCUCCGAUUAUGAGUACUCAGAUGAAGAGGCCGACGACGUGUUUGACGAAGACGACGACAUGGAUGUCUACGAGGACGACACGGAUGGCGAUGACGGCAUGGACCUCGACGACUUCAAAGCGCCCACGAAGGCCAGUCGAAAAGCGUGGGAUAUAGAAUACGACUCGCUAUCGCAGACGGCCAUCCAAGCGCUGAUGUCGAAAGAUGUUGAGCACAUUCAGGGCAUAUUCGGUGUCGACGCCGCCAGCGCGAGCUUGCUCCUCCGACAUUCGUCUUGGAAUAAGGAGAAGCUGAUCGAGAAGUACAUGGACAAUCCUGACAAGACGCUCGUCGCGGCCGGUGUUAUGCUCCCCGAGGUGGAACCGGCACGACCCAGCCGCCGGCCCGUGCGGAAGGCGAAGACGCCGGACCCUGCGACAUUUACUUGCCCUGUGUGCUUUGACGACGAUCCAGAGAUCCACCCGCUCGCGCUAGACUGCAAACACCAGUACUGCAGCAACUGCUGGUCGGCGUAUCUGACGGCCAAGAUCAAAGACGAAGGCGAACACGCGUGCCGAUGCAUGGCUGAAGGAUGUGGGCUAGUCGCGUCUGACAAGUUCAUUGCGAACACAGUUGACGAAGACACGCUCGUGCGCUUCAAUGAGCUCCUGGUACGCCACUACGUGGGCUGCAUGUCGCACCUCAAGUUUUGCCCGUAUCCGUCUUGCACGAAUACCGUGUCCUGUCCCGCAGCCUCGUCCAAGUCGACGCUGACUUCAGUCGUACCCAUCGUUUCAUGUGGUGCUCGGGGGAUCGGGUCGACAGCGGGCUUGUCACAGAGCCAGGAGCUGGCCAAGCAAGCUACUGGAAAGGAGCACAAGUUCUGCUUCGGUUGUGUCAUCGACAGUGAUCACCGACCGGUUGUGUGUGGCGUUGCCCUUCUGUGGCUGAAGAAAUGUCGAGAUGACAGCGAGACAGCGAACUGGAUCAAGACAAACACGAAGGAGUGCCCCAAGUGCAUGAGCACGAUCGAAAAGAACGGCGGCUGCAACCACAUGACCUGCAAGAAGUGCAAGCACGAGUUCUGUUGGGUGUGUAUGGGACCUUGGACAGAGCACGGCACCCAGUGGUACAGCUGCAACCGAUAUGAGGAGAAGGCCGGUGCGGAUGCUCGUGAUGCGCAGAGUAAGAGUCGUGCUAGUUUGGAGCGAUACCUUCAUUACUAUAAUCGAUGGGCAAACCACGAGCAGAGUGCGAAACUCGCGCAGGAUCUGUUUGCGAAGACGGAGAAGAAGAUGGAGGAGAUGCAGUUGACCUCGACGCUGACCUGGAUCGAAGUGCAGUUCAUGAAAAAGGCGGGAGAAGAAUUAGACAAAUGCCGAACGACGCUGAAGUGGACGUAUGCUAUGGCAUACUAUCUCGCCAAGAGCAACGAGAAGGACCUGUUCGAGGACAACCAGCGGGAUCUCGAGCAAGCUGUAGAGGAUCUGUCUGAGCUGCUCGAGUCGCCCAUCGAGCCCGAGAACAUUCCAGCCUUGAGGCAGAAGGUGACGGACAAGACUGUCUACGUGCAGAAGCGCAACGCGAUUGUUUUGGAGGACACUGCGGAUGGUUUCCUUGAUGGACGAUGGAAGUGGAAUGUCGCGGUCGAUGGAUUUGAUGCGCCCGCGGGGGAUGAGGCCGUCUGAAGAAACCAGGAACGUGUAACCAAUAUCUUUCGCUUGUUUGCUUUUACCCCACUGCUGCUAUCAUCCAUCCAACUCAUAUGUACUGCUAUAUCCUACAUCGCAUAGCACUUGCCAGGACUACCUAAUGAGUAACGAAGCUCUUCCUACCAUGUAUCAGUUUGCGCAAGCGACCGAUUAUCUGAUCUGCUAUGUACGGUCGUGUCCUCGC